GUUGGAAGGAGAUCUUUCAGAGCAACUGAAAAUACAUCUUUUUUUUUUUUUUGAGCAGCAGAAAAAUUUCUGCAGCAUCUUUGGUACAUCUCUGACUCAUUGGUUCUUUCCAGCAUGGAGAUAUUGUCUCUGGGAAUUUUCAUACUGGCUUUGCUGGUGCAGUCUCCAGGAAUUACACUUGCUGACACCUCGGCCAACACACCUACGACUGACAUUCCAGACAACACAACUACAACUGACAUUCCAGACAACACAACUACAACUGACAUUCCAGACAACACAACUACAACUGACAUCCCAGGCAACACAACUACGACUGACAUUCCAGACAACACAACUACGACUGACAUCCCAGGAAACGCAACUACGACUGGCAAGUCGGCUGACACGGGUACGACUGGCACCUCAGCCAACACCGGAACGACUGGCACCUCAGCCAACACGGGUACGACUGGCACCUCGGCCAACACCGGUACGACUGGCACCUCGGCCAACACGGGUACGACUGGCACCUCGGCCAACACCGGUACGACUGGCAGCUCGGCCAACACGGGUACGACUGGCACCUCAGCCAACACAGGUACGACUGGCACCUCAGCCAACACAGGUACGACAGGCACCUCAGCCAACACGGGUACGACUGGCACCUCGGCCAACACCGGUAGGACUGGCAGCUCGGCCAACACGGGUACGACUGGCACCUCGGCCAACACGGGUACGACUGGCACCUCGGCCACCACCACUGCAGCCGGUACUCCAGCCACCAACGCUACAAAUGCCACUCAAAGCAUCCCAAGUAAUAUGACCACCACAGUGACUACAUACAGCAGCUCAUCCACUACAAAAAGUGCUACCACCACAGGAAAUGGAGCCUCAGCACUGAAAGCUUCUGUACUUUUUCCCAUUUUUCCACUCUUGCUCUACAUGCUCUGUUUUUUUUUUUAGUUUAUAAAGACUAAAUUAACUAAAUGUAGAUAACACUAAUCAUGGGAAUGAAGGACAGCAUCAAAGCUACAUCCUGAGCCUUUUAUGUGUGGUACACAAAAUAUAUAGAGACUAAUCUUAAUUUAACAAUAUGCUAUACAUACAAUAUCAGAAUGUAAAGAAAAAGGGAGCCAUUGUUCUGCUGUUUAUUGGUACAAUUUGGGGAAAAAAUUCUAUUUAUAUAUUUGUAAAAGAUUAGGAGGAAAAGG